CCUCACUUUUAUAUUUUCUCUUCAUAAUGUCUCUUUAAAGGAGCACUCUGUAGUUUUACAGACAUAUUACUGAGAAGCGAUCAAUCUUCACAUGACUGAACACCGUUUUACUCCGUUUCUUUGUGGCGGACCCUGCCACCUGUCAGUGCUCUCCUUUUUAUAGUUACAUUCUUAAUACAGGACUUUGCUUUUACUUUUAUUUCUACUUUUACUUUACUCAAAAAUACUGUGAUCUUGUUCUGUGGCUGCGUCACUCAUCACGAAGAUCAACGCUAAUCCAAAUUAGUGAUGGAUUAAGACGAUUUUGUAUUUCAGAAUAAGAGCCGCGUGUCCUACCAGCGCGUCCUCAUGAUGUCUGCUGCAGUUGGACCCUCAGUUCUGCUCCUGUCCGCGCGUCUCACCGGUCCUGCUCGUGUUCUGGUGUCUCUUGACGGAUCUCAGCAGAAACGAAACCUAAGCUGCGCCAGAACUGCAGAUUCAUCAGUUUCAGCGCGGUCACAAGCAGAAAUGUAACUUUCAUGGAAAAUGACCGACUUGUCGGUGGUCUCUGUCCCUGUCUGUCCCCCUUCACAAUAAAGUCCCCCCCACUUCCUGUCUGUGAAACAUCACUGUGUUCCCUGAAUAAUCUGAUCAGUCCUGCAGCUCUGAUCAUGGCAGCUCUCACUCGGAUCCUCACUUUUCUCUGUGUCGCAGGUGUUCACCUGUCCUCAGCCUCACCUGUUCUCCGCUCUGCCCUGGUGGUCCGGGCUGGGCAGAACACUUCUCUGACCUGCAACCUGACGUCCAGCAGUGAGGUCACCUGGUACCACCUGCGCUCAGAUCAGCUGCUGCCUCUGCUGACUGUCAGGAUGAAUAAGUUCAGAGAGGAAGAAGUUUAUUUCCACACUGAGGACGACAGACGGAUCAGCAGCGACGGCGCUCUGGAGAACGGCACCGUCGGGCUCGGCAUCCUGCAGGUGGAGCUGACGGACGCCGGGCUGUACUUCUGCAGCGGCCGGUGUGCAGGUGCAGCUGUUUGUGUCAACAGAGGGAUUCACCUGGUCGUCGAUGGAGCUGACGGGGAGACGGCAGCCCGGCAGCCAUGUUGGAGUUUGGGAAUCUGCGUCCUUCCAGCUUCGCUCGUCCUCUGUGUCGUCGCCAUCGUCGGGUUCUACCUGUGCUCAGGUAAACCAGCUGUUUGCAGCUGUAACUCACCGAGCAGCCGUCUGAGUCAGCAGGUCACAGAGGAAGACGCUCUGCACUACUCCAGUCUGAAGCUGGCAGAGAAUCCCCGCCCCUCCAGCCGAGCAGGGACGCGAUUGGUCGAAGAGGACGUCACGUACUCGGCAGUGGCCAAUCGCAAGAACCCAAACGGAUCACGUGACUUCACAUAGACCCGGUUCUUUUCUCGUUUCAUCUUUGUAACAGUCACAAAAUUCAUUUUUUUAAUAAUAUUUUUUAUUUGUUUGUUUAUUUUACAUUUUCAGUUUUUAGUUGAAAAAAGUUCCAGAAGAGUCAAAACUUUCUGGAAUCUUCGUCCUCAAAAAGUGAAAUUCUUCACAUGCAGAAGAAAAACAUCUCUGUUGUUUCUGUGAAUGUAACUUCUUUUUCAUUUGACGUUGAGUUUUAUGUUAUUUUGUCUGUUUUAUCUUGUUUUAUCUGCUCUCAUGUUCAUAUGUUCAUAUGAUAAAUGUAGCAUCAGCUGUUUCAGCUCCUCUUUAUAAUAAACACACUCUGAUGUGAACACA